AUGCUGCUGCUUAGGCAGCUGAGGUGUUCGUCAGCUCGUAAUCAUAUCCUGAAUCUGCCAAAUAAAAAACCCAAUACUGCAGGCACGAGAAGCUUCCUCCACCUGCUAGAAGGAGGUCUCGGCUUUGUGGCGGAUUUAAGGAUGCGCGAUAGCGGGUCGACCAAGACCAAAGAAGGUAAUCAAGAUGACAAGGUCAUCGUUCAUUCCUCAAUGGUCGUCAGAUACGCACCACUACCAUUCAAUGUAGGGACUGAUAUCACAAAUGUGCAUCGGAUCGCUCGACUACUAUGGGAUUACGGACUUAGCCAGGGUUUUAUUCGCAGAGUCUUUACCCGACUCGAGUGGCCCGUUCUUCAAGAAAGAUUUCAGCAUGCAUUCAACAUUGAUGGGGGUGAAAGCGGAGUUCUACAUCUAACCAAGGCGCCUGGAUCAAAUCUGUGCCUAUUGAAUGCGCCUCUGAGAGCGCUAUCAAAAAGCAAUGAAUUCGACAUCGAGAUCCGUCACCCAAGCACGCCUCUUUCGCGAUUGGCGACAUUCAUCGCUGGAAGGUGGGCUGCUAAGGAAGCGGUGAUCAAGGCCUACUCCUCUCGACGUCUGUUCAUGAGCGAGAUUUCCGUACUGCGGCCUGCACAGAACCCGCGCUUAUUUCCCGCCGAGCAGCGCACUUCUCUACAGACCAUGACUUUGAUAGAUCCAAUCUCAGACACGAUCUUGCUUGGUGUUAGCGCUGCUUUACUGCGUAGGCUCAGGGGCUCCACUAGUACGCUACUGAAAGGUGUUGAAGCAAAGACCGGCGUCAAAGAAUACCAUGAGCGUCGGUCUAAAGUUAAGGACGAGCAGAGACGGUUGGGAAAGGUGAGCAUCAGUCAUGAUGGUGAAUAUGCAACCGCAACUUGCAUUCUACCUCAUGAGACCCCAAUAGACCAUCGGUGCAAGCGGAUCAUAGAUGACGGGAUCGGUCCCCCCAAGCAUGAGCCGGAGUAUGGGGACGCUGGAUGGCUCGAUUACGAGCCUGUUACCACAGACAUCAAUAUUUCGUGA